GGACCGCGCCGAGCUGGGGGACCCGAGAGCGGGGCGGCCCGCGGAGCCGGGCGGGCAGUCGUGGCGGGAGCGUGGCCCGGCGGGCCCGGCCAGGCCGCCAUGUACGCGGGGCUGCAGGAGCUGGGGGUGGCCAACGGCGAGGACCUGAAGGAGACGCUGACCAACUGUACGGAGCCGCUGAAGGCCAUCGAGCAGUUCCAGACAGAAAAUGGAGUGCUCCUGCCCUCGCUGCAGUCGGCCCUGCCCUUCCUGGACCUGCACGGCACCCCCCGCCUGGAGUUCCACCAGUCGGUUUUCGACGAGCUGAGGGAGAAGCUGCUGGAGAGGGUCUCCGCCAUUGCUUUGGAAGGGAAAGUGGAGGAGAGAUACAAGAAGUUGGAAGAUCUCCUAGAGAAGAGCUUUUCCCUGGUCAAGAUGCCUUCCAUACAGCCUGUGGUAAUGUGUGUCAUGAAGCACUUGCCCAAGGUCCCUGAAAAGAAGCUGAAGUUAGUAAUGGCUGACAAGGAUUUGUAUAAAGCAUGUGCAGUGGAGGUGAAGCGCCAGAUUUGGCAGGAUAAUCAGGCUCUGUUUGGUGAUGAGGUAUCUCCACUGCUGAAGCAAUAUAUCCUGGAGAAGGAAAAUAUUCUCUUCAGCAGUGAUAUCUCUGUCUUGCACAAUUUCUUCAGUCCAUCUCCCAAAACAAGACGUCAAGGAGAGGUGGUUCAGAAGCUGACCCAGAUGAUUGGGAAGAAUGUGAAGCUCUAUGAUAUGGUACUGCAGUUUCUGAGAACCUUGUUCCUUCGUACAAGGAAUGUUCAUUACUGCACGCUACGUGCAGAGCUCCUGAUGUCACUGCAUGACCUGGAAGUCAAUGAAAUCUGCAACGUGGACCCCUGUCAUAAGUUCACCUGGUGCCUUGAUGCUUGUAUUCGGGAGAAGUUUGUGGACAACAAGAGAGCUCGGGAAUUACAGGGGUUUCUGGAUGGAGUGAAGAAAGGACAAGAACAAGUGUUGGGGGACUUAUCUAUGAUCUUGUGUGAUCCCUUUGCCAUUAACACCUUAGCCUUGAGUACCAUAAGGCACCUGCAAGACCUGGUUGGGCAGGACACCUUACCCAGGGAAAGCCCGGAUCUGCUGUUGCUCCUUAGGAUGCUGUCUUUGGGACAGGGGGCCUGGGACAUGAUUGACAGUCAAGUCUUCAAGGAACCAAAAAUGGAAGCUGAGCUGAUCACAAAGUUCUUGCCUAUGCUGAUGUCUUUUGUGGUGGAUGACCACACGUUCAAUGUAGAUCAGAAACUGCCUUUGGAGGAGAAGGGACCAAUUCCCUACCCCAGCACCAUUCCUGAAGCUUACACCAAAUUCUUGCAGGAGAACAGAAUAGCUUGUGAGAUUGGGCUGUAUUACAUCCUUCACAUCACUAAACAGAGGAACAAGAAUGCUUUCCUUAGGCUCUUGCCAGCACUAGUUGAGACGUUCAGUGACUUGGCCUUCGGUGAUAUUUUUCUGCAUCUGCUUACUGGUAACCUCACGCUGCUGGGUGAUGAAUUUGCACUUGAGGAGUUCUGCACCAGUCUCUUUGAUGGCUUCUUUCUCACUGCUUGCUCAAGAAAGGAGAAUGUACAUAGACAUGUGCUAAGACUGCUGCUUCAUCUGCAUCACAAAGUGGCGCCUGCCAAAUUAGAGUCUCUCCAGAAGGCUUUGGAACCCACCAAGCAGAGCGGGGAAGCUGUGAAGGAGCUUUAUAACCAACUCACUGAGAAACUGGAGCUUCGCAAGCCAAGUCCAGCUGAAGUGACUGAGACUCCCUCCAUGGAACUGCCCUUGCCCACUGUGCCCACACCAGCCUCACGCUGAGCUAUGUAGUGCAAGAGUGAGACAGGAGAACAACUAACCCAGUGCUCUGCAGCGUGAAGGCACUGUGCUGCCUUUCAAAUGUCUCUGCCUACAGGGUGAAAACAAAAAAACCACUGAAGCUCUUUCAGGAAUCACUGCAGUUUACCCAACUCACCGGCUCUUGCUGGUUAGAAAACUGUAUGCAGUGCAUUGCAAAGGUUUACUUUUCUUAGGUAGCUGAGUGUCGUCUUGUAGAUUCACUUAAAAUCUGACUGUACAUUGUUUUUUUCAAAAAGAAAGUGCAUAUUUUUAA